AUGCGACAAAUGAAUAAAUUACCAAAAGAAACCCAAGAAGACACUAAUCAAACAUGCAAUAAGACACCAGAUGAAACAAAAAAACCCACCACCACAACACACCACGAGGACAUUGAAUCCCUAUCAGAAGACAAAGAGGAAGAAGAAGAUAUCCGAGUGGAAGUGGCCAUCGAAAACCGACCUUGCCUGAUGGAAGUCGACUCUGGAUCGUCCCUCUCGAUGGUUUCCUGGAAGACCCUUAAACAGCUGAUCCCUGCCAUCCGUCGUCAAGACCUCAGGACACAGAAAAUCGUCCUCAGGGAUUACCAAGGGAACACGAUCCCAGUCGUCGGAGUGAGUCAAGUCCAAGUAUCUUUUAAAAAUCGUGCCGUGUCACUCCCAUUAACUGUCGUCGAUGGUGAUCGGCCCAGUUUACUAGGCCUACAAUGGUUCGCCCCACUCGGGAUCGAGGUGGCCGGCAUUCACCAGGCCGGAAGCGACGAUUGGGAAGAGAGCAUCGUCCAGGAAUUCCACGACGUGUUUUCGGACAAAUUAGGCAAGUACAAGGGAACCCCUAUAUCAUUUAGCCUCAAUCCAGAAGUAGCCCCUAUCCGCCUUAAGCCUCGUCGGGUGCCGUUCGCCCUUAAACCCAAGAUUGACGAGCAACUUGAUAAGUUAAUAGCCCAAGGGGUGUUGGAGCCUAUUGACCAUGCCCAUUGGGAAACCCCAAUCGUAACCCCCAUCAAACCGGAUGGGUCAAUCAGAAUUUGUGGAGACUACCGCGCCACUCUGAACCACGCACUCCAACAGAGCGCUUAUCCGGUGCCGGUGGUUCAACAUCUCCUCCAUUCCCUGGGCGGCGGGAAGAUCUUUGCAAAGUUAGACUUAGUGCAAGCGUAUCAACAACUACCCGUUGAUGUGGAAACCGCAAAGGCACAGACUAUCGUUACACACCGAGGUGCCUUUAAAUGCAACAGACUCCAGUUCAGAGUGAGUGUAGCCCCCGGUAUAUUUCAGAGUCUAAUGGAGAGACUUUUACAGGGAAUAAAAGGGGUUGUACCGUACUUCGAUGACGUAUUAAUUGCUGCCCCAAAUAGAGAAGAGCUUGAAAGGCAUCUCAGAUUGGUUUUACAUAGAUUUAUGGACGCCGGUCUCAAGGUUAAAAGAAAUAAAUGUCAACUAUGCACAGAAAGGGUAGAGUUUCUCGGAUACCUCCUCGAUAAACACGGUAUUCACCCUACUGAAAACAAACUCAGGGCAAUCAAGAACGCCCCAAGACCUAAAAAUAAGACUGAUCUCCAGGCUUUCCUGGGACUUAUUAACUUUUACAACAUAUUCUUGUCCCAGAAGGCGACCGUAGCUGAGCCCCUACAUAGACUUCUCGACAAGAAAGCCACCUGGGUCUGGGGACAUCGAGAAGAACGCUCUUUUCAAAAAGUGAAAGACUUAUUAACAUCCGAUGCUGUUCUAAUGCAGUACAACGAGACUUUGCCAAUAAAUAUUACAUCCGACGCAUCACCGUUUGGGGUUGGAGCCAUUUUGAGCCACGUGUUACCAAACGGGAAUGAGGCUCCUAUUGCGUACUUUUCCCGCACAUUAUCAAAGGCUGAACGAAACUAUAGCCAACUUGACAAAGAGGCUCUUGCUAUUGUAUCGGCCGUAAAGCGGUUCCACGAAUAUGUUUAUGGGCGGCCCUUUACUCUAGUUACAGACCACAAGCCUUUACUUGGCAUUUUAGCAGGUGAUAAACCAACGCCGCAUAUAUUGUCGCCUAGAAUGACUCGCUGGUCAGAAUUCCUAGCAGCCUACAACUACGUACUGCAGCAUCGCCCGGGGAAAGCCAUUCCCCACGCUGACGCUUUGAGCCGUUCCCCACUUCCGGAAACCGUCAGCGACCCAGCUCCGACCCUCACUACGUUGCAAAUUGAAACCCUCAACUCGCCGCCACUAACGGCAAGGGAUAUCGCCGCCGACACAAAACGGGACGCUAUCCUCGCAAGAGUUGUCAGUUGGGUCGAACGCGGGUGGCCAGUCGAAGAAACCCCCGCCAUUUUUGCACCGUUCAAACACCGGCCAACGGAACUAUUUUCCCAGAAGGGCUGCAUCCUAUGGGGAGAUAGAGUCGUCGUACCAGAGAGACUACAGCGACUCGUGUUGCAAACCCUGCACGAAGGACAUCCGGGCAUCGUCCGCAUGAAGGCUCUCACUCGAAGCUACGCGUGGUGGCCAGGCAUCGAUAAACAAAUUGAAGCCUGGGUAGGCGACCUGGUCUAUGCCAAAAACCUUUCCGGCGAACCGCUGUGGGUCCCAGCCACCGUAGUCUACCUCACUGGCCCUAGAUCGUACCGCCUUAAGACGACAGACGGCAAGAUCUGGAAACGCCACAUAGAUCAACUU